AUGCUGCCAACGUCUGCUACGGCACAUGGUAGUACGGCGGACACGCAAUCGACGAAGGCUCAAUUUGAGCAGGUUCUCAGCCUGAUUAUCACGACAAUCCUAACCGCCUUUCUCGGGAACCUGUUGCGUCAAGAAUGGUUCGCUGUCAAGUACUGGCGCCCUCUACCAUGGGCAAGACAAUUAAUUCUUCUAAUUUACCUGUCCGCAUUUCUCUUUGUGUUUGCAUCCUGGACAGUUCAGAUUGUAUUUGAAGCGGGGAUUAGUAUGAGCGCUAUGGGUUGUUCCAUGGCUGGAACACUGUGUCUAGGCGCUUACGUGGGAACAAAACUUGUUUAUCUCUUUACUGUUGAGAAAGCGCAUAUCAUCCGGGGAGCGACCAAGGCACGCCACAGAUCUAAGCUGUACACAUGCAACACUAUUCUCAUGCUAGGUACAUACGGCUUCAUUACGAUGUUCAAUUUUCACUUCCGCGCGUCAUAUUAUGAUUCAGCAAGCGACACAUGCGUCAUCGGCCUCGAGCGAGCAAUUUUGAUACUCAUCAUUGUUUUUGAUGCUCUCGUCAACAUUUACCUCACCUCCCUCUUCCUGAUCCCAUUACUCAAGUUGCAUUCUAUCCAAGCAUCAAUACUGAGGCCAUGGACGAUGGGCUCAAACCACAGGCAUCCCCGGACUCCACCGAACGUCCGGCUUCGCAGGCUAGCACUGCGCACUUUCCUUGGCGCUCUGCUCACCUUGACCGUCAGCUUGACAAACCUAUCGGUGCUGGUCGCACUUGGCGGGGAAGUGGUAUGGCUGUGUCUUGCAUGUUGCAACACCGAUAUUCUCAUCACAGCAUUUCUAAUUCAAUGGACAAACACAAGUCCGAAGAAAGUCGCGAAGGAGACCCCAAACGUUGAGGCUCAGCCCAUGCCAGACUUGACGCCGGAGCUGAAAGAUAGUUGA